AUGGACGAGAUUAGUUCACUGGAGCCUGUUCUCAAGGCUCUGGGCAGCAAUGACGUCAACACGGCACGCAAGAUUUUGACGACAGACGAGAGUGCAAGCCACGCAGUGGAUGAGAAUGGGCGCGGCGCCUAUGUAUAUGCCAUCGCUGCUGACUCUAUGGAGGGCAUCAUCUUGUUACAUGACCUUGGUGUGUCUGCCCGGGUGAUCGACAAUGCGGGUCAGUCCCCACUGCACUGGGCAGCGACGUUCAACCGCGUCGAUAUCGUCGGCUAUCUCCUUUCGAACAACCUCGCCAAUCCAGACGUGGACGACGCCGGUGUGACGCCAUUGCACUGGGCAUGUGUGCACGGCGAUCCUACCAUGGCCAAGGUGCUGCUACAGCAGCGUGACACACUCAGCCCUCAAUCCCUCGAAGCUCUGAUCCAUUGCCAGGAUGAUCAAGGCUUGACGGCGCUGCACUGGGCGGUGCAGUGUGGCCGGGCGCGCGUGUUAAAGGUGUUGCUCAAGGCGGGUGCAGACCCGACGAGGUGCGAUCUCCAGCAGCACACCGCGUUGCAUCAUCUGUGCAUGCAGGCAAUGGACUCGCCAUCAUCAAAGAUGGGCGAGCAACAAGCGUGCAAGCACAACACAGGGCCGGCAGCCCAGAGCAACCACAAUACCAACAACAAGCCUGGCGCAAUUUCAAACCCAAACGGCGACGAACACACACCCAGCGCCUGCCUUGUUGGGUCGGCAACCCCGCUGCUCACCAGCGCUGUGUGGCCAAGUGCACCUUCGCAGCUGCUUCCGAGCACAACUGUGACCUCCAUGAGCAGCACCAGCAUCUCCCGGCCAGGUAAACACGUGGCAGGCGACCCAGCACAUGCCAUGCACGGUAAUGGCAGUGGCAGCAAUACAGAACUGCAUGGUGGCGGGCAUGGGCGCGAUAGUGUCGAUGAUGAUGGUUGUGAUACAACGCAAGCACCUGUGAGUGAGACAGGCAAUAUUAUCAAUGGCAGUGAUAGUCAACGACAGCAAGACGUGAGCAAGCGGACAGCAGAGAACAAGCACAGCUCCAAACGUGACGCAGCUGCAGCCGAACAAAGCAGCGCGUCGUUCUGCAUCCAAGACUUUGCAACCCUGCGGGACAAUCGCGCCUUCAAACAGCGGCUGAAACGCUGUCAUCGUCGCCGGCGCUACAGGACAGGCGGUCCACUGGCCCCAUCCUCCAAGUGCCGUGAACUGAGUCACCUGGAUUGCAUGCUGCUGCUUCUUCGCUCCGCACAAGCACGCCAGCUUCUGACUGCACCCGACCAACACGGCCAACUCGCUGUGCAUUUAGCUGCUGCAAACAACCGCGUUGCUAUGCUUGAAGGUCUUCUCUCCCAUCCAGCAGCAGAUGUGCACGCAGAAGACUCAGACGGUCGAACACCGCUGCACUGGGCAUGCGCCGUCGGCAGUGCAGAGGCUGCACACGUGCUCAUGUGUGCCCGGGCGGAUGCACAUCGCCUUGACAUUGACAGUUUCACACCCGCGCACCAUGCUGCUGCACAUGGCCACUUCGUGUGUCUUCGCGUGCUCGUGGCGCACGAUCAGUCUGCUGUCGGCGUCAAAGACAGAAAUGGACGGACACCGCUGCUGUGGGCGGCGACGCAGCGAAAGGGCGCGUUUAUCUGUCGGAUUCUCGUCCAAAGCGGUGCAGACAUGCAUGCCGAGGACACGGACACUCUCACGCCGGUGUCAGCGUGCAUCAUUGCGGGUUGUGUUGAAACCUUCCGCUGUUUUGUUGAGCUCAGCCCGUUCCUCUGCGACGACACUCUGGUGCCUCUGGUUCUGCUUGCUGCGAGCAACAGACAGCCUGCAAUGCUGUGUGUGCUUCUCGAUUACCGGGCUUGGAUCAUGCAAGAGCGGGCAGCGGCUGUUGUGCCGCAAAGUUUGAAUGUGAAUGCGCACGACGAGUCUGACAUGACGGCGUUGAUGUACGCGUGCAAUUAUGACGACCUUCAAUCUGUGGAUGCACUACUGCGCCACAACGCGGACGUAAGCCGUCAAGACGAACAAGGCUUAACAGCACUUCAUUGGGCGGCUGCGCGCGGUGCUGUUGGGUGCGUGUCUGCGCUGCUUGCGCACCCCGCGGUGGCAGUGAACGCCCUGGACAAGAGCGAUGACAGGAGCACGCCGCUUGAUUAUGCUGUUGGCGAGCUUGAGGCAAGCCCAAGCAAUGCAGGCGCACUGACGCAAGUGUGCGACCUUCUCAUCAAGGCUGGCGGAGAGACAGCCGCUGAGAUUAUUCCGCGUGCUGCACUCUGUAUCCAGAAGCACUGGAAGGGUUACAAGGCUCGCUCUGAGUUUCAGGCGAAGCGGCGAGCUGUUGGCACCAUCGCAUCUUGGUUUAGACAAUGCUAUGCCGCGAAGAUGAUGCGUGGUGACACGGCAACGGCACGUGCAGUGUUGAUAUUGCAGUCUGCCUUUCGUGGCUAUCGCGUGCGCAAGCGCCACGAGCGUGACCUUCGCGCCAUGCGAAACAGAAUCCGCAAGCGCCAGCGCGCCAUCCGGGAGAAGCGGGAGCGAGAAGAGCACGAGGCGAAACUGGCGGCAUUACGCAAGAGCAGGGGCAGCUUGUCCAAGAAGGAGCGGCGUGCAACACUCAUGCGACUGCAGCUGGAGCGAUCCAGGCGUGCCUCGCGCCAGCACGUCACAGCACAGCUGGACGCACAGGCGGAGUCAAGGGCACGGCAGCAGCUUACGUCUGAGCGGCUAGCGCAGCUGGAGGUGCGCUUUGAGCGGGAAAAGCGGCAGGCGUUGCUCCGGCUGCAGCAAUCCAUGCAUCUCAAGGAGCUGCAAGACCUGAAGCAUGAGCAACAGCGCCACGCACGAUCACAGCGCCUGGACCAGGUGGCAGACAUGAAGAAAGCUGUCGCCAACGCAGAUACGUUCAGGUGAUCGAACUGUGCUGUGGUGUGUAUGUAUGCGGGCAUGCAGGCGGGUGUGUGUGUGUGUCUCAUGGCCGCACCUUCUCCAUGACGCACUCCUCUCCCCUGCUGUCUCGCUGCUUCCUUGCCUCGCUGCUUUGCAUGCUUUUUUCCCUGGUGAGUAGGACCACAGCCCGUGGGCGCUGUGUAAAGAAGAACCAGCUGAGCCAACGCCACGAGGCGGCGUAUCGUGCCAUGCUGAACACCGUCUUGCAGCGAAAGCAACCUGCCGUCUUGACGCGCUGCGUGUCACCAAAGCUAUCGUCAUCGUCGCGGUCCUCCAUCUCCUUGGGUGCAACACCAGCCAUCCAACUCCACGUCAAUGCCUCUCGCCUCCACCACCUUGCCCUCCCAAAGCGCGGGCGCAUGCGAGACAAGCACAAGAAGCCCCACGCAUAGUCAUGUGUGUGUGUGUGUGUGUAGGUGUGUGUGCGUGCGUGCGUGUGCUUGUGCGUGUGUGCGUGUGCUUGUGCUUGUGCGUGUGUGUGUGUGUGUGCGUGUGCAGUCCGCAUCCACCUGCUGUCCUUCCUUCCACG